AUGUCAAGGAUGCGCAUCUUGGUGAUUCUCUUUAUGACAUUUCUCUCGAGGUUGUGUUCAUAUUCAAUAUUACGAUUAUUAUUAAAUAACCUUUUGACACGACACAAUUACACAGACGAGUAUAAGAAUGGCGCGGAUGAAUUUAGGGGAGAAUCCAAGGACCCUUCCUCCCAGUCGGCUAUGCUGGAGAAAACUUCGGAUAUCACGAUUGGCGGAAAGACGCUAGCCUCUUCCAUGGAGGCACUCGAAUACCGUGUGUCACGUUCAGUCAAUCUUCGAUAUGAGGCCCAUACUCAAUUAAACAAUUUUCUCAUGGCAAAAGACAUGAACUUGUGUGGGAAAUCAGAUGCACGAGAGUUCAAUCUUCGAUUCAACAAGAUCAGGAUGCUAAGCAUCACUCUAUCAUCAGAAGCAAUAUCGCACCAUGGACAGGCAGAUAGCACACCUGACAACGACUAG